CCCCCAUUGCCAUCAAAAGCAGCUUCUCCUCUUUCUCCCUCUACUUUCACUCUCUCACUCCUCUUAUUUAUAGAGGCAACCAAAAGCUCCCACAUUUGCCUGCCUGCCUUCCACCAUAGGGUUUGCUUCAAUUCAAUCACAAUAUGCAGACACCAUUACCACCACCACCACCACAAUCAUCAUCAUCAUCAUGUAUACUUCCCUCACCCCUCAACAAGCAAACCAGAAUGUCUCCUUUCAGGGCAAUGGUGCUGUCCAAGCAAUCCAGGAACCACCUGGACAAGCUCACACCAAAAACCCCUCUCUACAUGAUCAGGGACAAGCCAAUUCUCACACAACCUCAGAAAACAAAGCCCAUAGUAUGGUUUGCUGCAAUCCUCUGCAUGAUCUUCACUCUCCUCAUCAUCUUCUUUGGAGUUGCAAUCUUGAUUGUCUUCCUUGCUGUCCAGCCCAAGACCCCUGUUUUCGACACCCCCGGAGCAAGCCUCACUGCCAUCUACUUCAACUCCCCGCAGUACAUCGGCAAUGACAUGACUUUCCUGGCAAACUUCUCCAACCCCAACAGGAAACUCAGGGUCAGGUUUCAAAGCUUGUAUUUUGAGCUCUUCUUUGCAGAGAGGCUUAUUGCUGCACAGGCCAUUCAGCCCUUCAGUCAGGGCCCUGGUGAAGUCAGGCUGGUGCCAGUCCAUUUGCUACCCACCUUGGUCUAUGCACCUCCAAAUCUGGCCAUGGAGCUUCAGAAGCAGGGGCAGAGGAAUAGAGUUGAGUACAGGAUGAAGGGGACUUUCAAAGUUAGGGUUAGCCUGGGAUCACUUCACUAUUCUUACAGGCUUCUUGGAGACUGUCAAAUGGAGAUGACAAGCCCUCCAAAUGGUGUCCUGAUAGCACACACCUGCAAAACUACGAAAUAGAAGAAGCAGGAUACACACACACAUAUAUAUAAAUAUAAAUAUUCUUUACCCCUUUUAUUUUUGGCCUAAUUGUUAUUACACAUAUUGUUUACAAUUUCAGAGCAAUUAUCAUGUACAUAGGUAUGAAUCAAUAUAUAUAUAUAUAUGUAGCAUCUGUGUAUUAAUUGAACAAGGGGAUACACUAAAAAAAAUUUCACUGAUGAGGGUUCAAACUAUGAAGAAGAUGCACUGAAGGAUCAAAGAGAUUCAAUACCUGCUUUC